GUCCCCGAUAUCACACACUACUGCACGCUUGUUCCGCCCCUACUGCCCAAAAAUAGAAAAGGCGGCAACAAACCCCCCCCCACCCCCCCCAAAAUGCCUCACACUCACAUCCAGCAUCCUCGGGCUUUUUCGCCUGAUCCCUCGAUAAUUUCCUCUUCUCAUCUCGGAUUGCGCAUCGCUGACUGCCAAUGCACACAUACAUGGGAGGCGAGGAGACAACUCGAACAGGACCCUAGCAAUUCUUUCCACCAUGUAUGGACGGAUGUCAUCAAUGGCGGAGAAGGUCCAUGUGGUGGAACGGACAGGAAUUCCUUCUCCCGAUGGUGGGAAAUCUGGCCGCGCGAGCUAGCCGGGCUGAAGCCGACAUGUGUCCCCCCCACCACUAAUAACCAUGCCGCAUGCACGCAUGCACGACCACCAACCACCACCACAGCCCCAAUCCCUUUGGCGGGUCGCUCCUCCUCCCUCGCCCUUUCGCGCCUCUUUCUCUCUCGCGCCCAAGGAGGAGGGAAGGGAGCGUGUUUCAGAAUGAUUGACGAUCUAAUCGAACACAUGGCGCAUGUAGGGGAAACAAAGAGAGAGACCGUCCUGUCCACCUGGGCAAUUCUACAGCUGGCCAACAGCAAGCAGCAGCAGCAGCAGGUGGCAUCGUCUCCUCUUCCUCGCGCGCGCCCAAUGGAUGGUCUCACCAUUCUCAUCCUCAUCGAAGAAGAGACGUGACGGGAAAGCAGGCAUUGAUGGUGGUGCCCGUCAGGCAUGCAUUCCGUCAGAGUCAGUCAGUGCAUUCCCUUUUCGCUAUCUACAGUAUCUAUUAAUUAUCACCGCCCGUGUCUAGUGCGCGCGCGCGGACGGAGACGAAAGCAUGUGGUGUGUGUGUGUCUGUGUGCGUGUGUGCAGGCGCCCGUCGAUCCAUCCAUCUCCCUGCGCCAGACGAUAUUGCGUGGUCGCUUACACACGAACCUAUUUCCCGGACACGCUUUCGCUAUACUGGCUGGUCCAUUAGGUUUCUUAGUUACUAUGCGGCGCAGCAAGCAAGCAAGUCGAGUUCGUC